AACUCAUACCUGUUCCACAGGAAGCAGGAGUGGACUACACUUAACUGUACAACAGGCAGCAAAACGACUUCAGGCUGGGCAACGAUACGCUACCACGGAGAAGAAAACUCCAUCCACCCCGGGGGAAAGUCGAGAAGGAGGGGAGGCCCUGCAACACCGGAGCAUCUCAGGAGAAAAAGCAGCGCGGCUGGACGGGUUUAGACGCCGUCAGACGCGAGCACAGAGCGGGCUGAGGUUAGUGAGUCCUCCGCUGAGCGCUAGUCAAACACGCGAGAGGACAUCAGGCCCACAUGCCGCUGUUUAGCAGCAUCGCUAGCGGAUGACAGCAGCUGUGAGAGCUACCAUGGUGGGUGAGCGCCGCAACGGUAACCUGCUGGUUCAGCUGGGCCCGAAGCUGCAGGCUUACCCAGAGGAGCUUAUCCGUCAGAGGAGGACUCACGACGGUCAGACGGAGUACCUGAUUCGCUGGAGCCUGCUGGCUGUGGAUGAUAGCAACAGCUUAGGCUGCAGCAAUGAGGCGAGCGGCGGCGGCAGCAGCAGUUCGGGCGGCGGAGGCUCCAGUGGCUCCACCUCAGGAGAGAGCAAGAGCGAGAGCAUCCUCAUGUGGAUGUCCACAGAAGACGUCUACGCCAACUGCCCCACUCUGCUAGGCAAGCGCAAGGCUGACUCCCAGAGGCCUCUGCUGGAGGAAGAGGAGCGGCCCAGCGGCCAGUUCCCCACAGAUGUCACCUUUGACGAGGGAGAGCUGUUGGACAUGAAAGACGACGUGAAGAAUCUCGUGCGCCGCGCCCGGAAGCAGAUGGCCAAGAACAGCGACUUCGGGAUAAGCAUCACGCACACCAUCCACGUGCUGAGCGCCUACGCCAGUAUCGGCUCGCUGGUAGGAGUCUUCAAGGAGACCGGCGCUCUCGACCUGCUCAUGGAGCUGCUCUGCAACAAGGAGCGACAGACCAGACGCAGCGCUGGCAAGAUGCUGCGAGCCCUGGCUUCUCACGAUGCGGGGAGUCGUGCCUAUGUGCUGCUGUCCCUCAGCCAGCAGGAUGGCAUCGAGCAGCACAUGGACUUUGACAACCGCUACACUCUGCUGGAGCUUUUUGCAGAGACCACCUCCUCUGAGGAGCACGGCAUCUCCUUUGAGGGCAUCCAUCUUCCACAGAUUCCAGGCAAGCUGCUUUUCUCUCUGGUGAAGCGUUACUUGUGCGUCACUUCAUUGAUGGACAAGCUGAACACGGCGGGGGUGGAGUCGUCCUCUGAGCGUCAGGAUGUUGGCCCCUCCUCCUCCACAGCAGCCUACCAAUCAGAGCACGCUCGUGUGCAGCGGGAGUUUGAGUUCACCAUGGCCAUGGCCAACCUCAUCUCGGAGCUGGUGCGCGUCAUGGGCUGGGACCGCAACCGGCAGCUGCCCCUCACCUCCACAAGCGCAAGCAGAAGGGUUGAGGAAAUGAAUUACGAAAUCCAGAAACACCCCGUCCGCUCCAUCUUUCAGCCGCGCUUCUCCGCUUCGUCUUCCUUCAUGGCCGCUACAGCAAUGGCUGCGGUCACGCCACCAAAGAAGAAGAAAACGGCAAAUGGUUUCAAGACGCGUUCUGACUUCACUUCUCGUUCGGCUUAUGUGGAGUAUGUACAGGACAACCUGAAGAGUGGCAUGAUGGUCCGUAUGCUGGAGGACUAUGAGGAGGUCAGCGCUGGGGAUGAAGGAGAGUUUCGUUACAGUAACGACGGCUCGCCGCCGGUGCAGGUGUACUGGAACUCCCUGUCCAGGACCUACUGGGUGCACUGGCACAUGAUUGAAAUUCUGGGCAACGGCAGCGGAGGACAGGCAGAGAAAGAGACUCAGGAGAAGGCCUCGUCCCUCACAGAGACAAUCAAACUCACUACUGUGAGUCAGACGUUCUUCUCAAAGCCCCCUGGUGGGCUGUACACAUUGCCUUACCUGAUGGAGGGCUCUCUGGAUGACACAGGCACCCUGAGCCGUGCUGAAUGGUGGGAAGUGCUGUUUUUCAUCAAGAAGUUGGAACCCAAGCAGCAGCAGGAGAUCAACAACAUCCUGCGACAGAGCCUCGAUGAACCGAUGGUAGAGCUUGAUGAGUCUACUCUCACCCAGCUGUCCCUCUCGAGUGAAGUGGCGCGGAAAGUCCUCCACUACCUGAAACAGAAUUUGCAAGCGUCUUGUCUGGGUGACCUGCUCUGCUCCCACACUUUCACCAAGCACUACCUGAACUGUGGAGGUGCCGGCCUCGAGGAUGAGGAAAUGCUGAUGGAUAGCUCGCUCGGAGGACAAGGAGCUUCAUCUUCUUCAUCGUUGUCCUCAGCCACAGCAUCGUCCUCUUCCUCAGCCUCUUCCUGCACCAUGGGCUCUGUGUCCAAGAAAGCUAAGAAAGAGAUCCCAGCAGACACUGGCAGCUGUGGCAGCGAGACGGAGAGUGAACUUCCCACUGAAGAUGACACAAAGUAUCCUGAUGACCUGGAGGAGAAGAUGAAAGUGUUCAACAGUCCAAAGGUGCAGGGUAAGAAGAGCUCCCUAGAGAAGAUGGGGGAGGUGGUGGACAUCAUGAAGAAGAGCAGCUCAGACUCAGGACUGCAGCUCGCUGGCAUGAAGGUCAUCAGUAAGAUUCUGGAGGAGGAGGGACCUCAGGAGAGGAGCACCCUCAGAUCAGACUCGGCACAAACCAUCCGUGACAAAGUCUUAAAGAUGUUGGUGGAGAUGAUUGGCAGUCAGCCCAAGCAGAACGCUGUCACUGCGCUGCUGCUGACCCGCAGUCUAAUGCUGAAAUACGAGUGGAGGGUCUCAUUUGCCACAGAGGGGGGUGUUAAAGCCAUCCUGUGCUGCAUGCAGGAGUAUCCUACCUGUAUACAGGUGCAGCAGAUUGCACUGGCGACUCUGAAGGUCAUCACAGGUGCCAGCAAACAUGACCCUCGCAGUGUGGGUGGCUGUCUGCCCCUCUCCGAAUCUGGCACUCAGAUGAUGCUGGAGAUUUUUGCGAGCAUAGGCUCUGCUACACCUGAAGGCUCCAAAGGGCUCCUGUGUACCAUCCCUUCUGCCAUUGACCUCAUGCUCAGCACGGCAGGUUGCGGUUUGUCCGUGCGGAACGGGCUGCUGGUCAUCGUCAUGCUGAUUUCCAGCCACAAGAGCCUGGCAGAGCAGCUAGUCGCCUGCAAUGUCAGUGCCACGCUAAAGAAGUGCCUUUCUGCUCAGAAUCAACACAGCAUGCUGGCUAUUAUCGCCCUCAACCACAUCUCCAUGGUUCACAAACUGGAGAAAAAAGAGUCUCAAGAUGAGCAUGACUUUAAGGACACAGAGCUGAAGAUGUUGGUGGUGAGUCUGAAGGAAAUGCCAGCCACUAAAGAGGUUAUACUGACCCUGGAGCAGUUGCUCUGUGAUGAAACCUCCCAGCUGGAGGAUGAGAGAAACGAGGUAACGCGCAGCAGAGACACCUUCCAGGACCUCAUCCGCCUCAUGGACCAGCACAGAGUGGAUCGCGCUGUACAGCUGUCCAUCCUGAGGAUUUUAAACAAGUUUUUGGAUAACUACCAGGAGGAUCUGUUGCCGUGGCAUGAGAGUAUUGAGCCUUGCCUGUCAUCUAUGACGGCCUUUGUCAGUGACAGAGAGGUCGUACAGCAGUUUAUCCGCUUCUUAUAUCGACUUGCAUCUCUGAAUAAAGACUAUGCUGUUGUGAUGUGUCGGCUGGGCACCAAAGAGGCUCUUAUCAAAGCCAUGGACAAACACAGCACCAGCUUGCUCAUGGUUACAGAGCUGCGGGACCUGAUCAACGACUGUGAGAAGUACGCCAGCCUCUACAAGAAAAUGACCACCAGUGUGCUGGCUGGAUGUAUACAGAUGGUCCUUGGUCAGAUUGAAGAGCAUCGUCGCAGCCAUCAUCCAAUCAAUAUUCCUUUCUUUGAUGUGUUCCUGCGAAACUUGUGCCAAGGCUCCAGUGUGGAACUGAAAGAGGACAAAUGCUGGGAGAAGGUGGAGGUCUCCUCCAAUCACCAUCGAGCUAACAAACUGACAGACAAAAACCCCAAAACCUACUGGGAAUCCAACGGCUGUACCGGCUCCCAUUUUAUCAACAUUUACAUGCACAAAGGGGUGAUCAUCAGGCAGUUGACUGUGCUUGUAGCCAGUGAGGACUCGAGUUACAUGCCAGCUCGCAUUGUAGUCCUAGGAGGAGAUGAUCCCACAAACAUCAACACUGAACUCAACACUGUAAAUGUGGCACCCUCCGCCAGUCAUGUGGUUUUGCUGGAGAAUAUGACCCGCUUCUGGCCCAUCAUUCAGAUCAGAGUCAAAAGAUGUCAACAGGGCGGCAUUGACACACGAGUGCAUGGGUUUGAGGUUCUGGGGCCAAAGCCCACGUUCUGGCCGGUGUUUAAGGAGCAGCUAUGCUGCCGCACUUAUCUCUUCUAUACGACAAAAGCUCACACCUGGUGCCAGGAGAUCCUGGAGGACAAGAACCAGCUGCUGCAGCUCUUUAACAAGUUAAACAGUGCCCUGAAACAUGAGCAGAUGUUUGCUGACCGUUUUCUGCCUGAUGCCGAGGCCGCAGAGGCUUUAGGCCGGACCUGCUGGGAAGCUCUCAUCACCCCCAUCGUACAGAGCAUCACUAUCUCAGAGACUUCUACUCUCAGCCCUCUGUCCUGGUUGAUGAAUGAAUAUUUGGAGAACACUGAAUCCUCCAAGAGAUGUAAGAGCUCAGCCUCCAUCUUCAACUCCCGUGUGCGGCGUCUCACUCAUUUGCUUGUCCAUGUGGACACCAGCACAGUUGAUACAGAAGAGCUCAAACCUCCCAUCAAAUCCAAAGGUAUCAACAGAAGCAGAGAUUUGAAGAAUGGUAAAGAGGGAAAGAAUAAGGAAACGACAGCAGUAAGCUCAUCUUCAUCUUCUAGCAAACCGAAAGUGAAGAACACUAGCAGCAUUGCAGGCAUCGCUUUGUGCUGGCAAGGUGUCGUUCAGCGACAGGUAAAGAGUUUCCUAGAUUUGACAUGCAGCCUCCCUGACUUCGUAGAGCGUUACAGGGGUCUGUUCCUCCGGCUAAAGAACACCAUGGAGGAACUUUUUGGCCAGCACACUGCCUUUGUGCUUGCACUCCGUCAGGGCUUUUCUGCCGCCUUGCUCCAGCUGUCCAUCCUCACCGCUAUGCAUGUGAGUGAACGUUUUGCACAGUACAUAGACAAGAUGAUCCAGGAAAGUGGAGUGGACUCUGGAAAUGUGGACACCUUGAACCAGCUACAGCAGUUCCUGGAGCCCAUGCUGUUCCUCUCCGGCCUGGAGCUGGCCAACACCUUUGAGCACUUUUACAGGUACUAUCUGGGUGAUCGGCUGUUGGGUCAGGGGAAGGUGUGGUUAGAGAACGCUGUGGUGGAGCAGAUCGGUACCUGUUUCCCAAACCGGUUUCCCCAGCAGAUGCUGACCAACCUCAGUGAAUCUGAGGAGCUUCAGCAGGAGUUUCAUCUUUACCGUCUACAGCAGCUGGACAAAAAUCUGGAGAACUUUGAGGAGAUGAUGGAUGAAGACGUGUCUGAACCCGAGGAAGAGAGUGACGUGAAAGUGUUGGUGUUGUCCCCACGCUGCUGGGUUGUGUCGGCUCCCUGCUACCUUGAGAACCCCAGCAAACACUUCCCUGCUCAACUCUGCAAUUACCUGGCUGAAUUCACAGACUUUUAUGCCAAUGGUCAGCGCAUGUAUGGUUUGACCCACAGUAAGCCUCGGCGGCUGCAAUGGACUUGGCUCGGCCACGCUGAGCUUCAGUACGGCUCCUGUACUCUCUAUGUCUCCACACUGCAGAUGUACAUCCUGCUACAGUUCAACAAACAUGAGGAUGUGAAUGUGGAGAUGCUGCAGCAGGCCACAGGUCUCUCUCCAGCCAUGCUGAGCCAUGCCCUCAAACCUCUCACUGCAGGGGAGAAGGGGAUUCUCACUCACACCAGCUCCAGCCAGGACCCCAUGAAAGGGGUCCUGAGACUGAACAAGAAGACCCUCUCACAGAGCUCAGACAGACACUGUUUCCAUUUCCUGCUUCCCAAGCAAACCUACCUGAAUGUAGAUGAAGAUGCUGCGCUCACACUAGAGAGGAAGAGGAACUACGUCUACUGUCUCAUUGUGCAGAUCAUGAAGAAUGAGAAGGAGAUGCAUAUUGACAAUUUAGUGUUCAUGGUGUUGGACCGGUGUCAGAAGCAGGAGGCGAGUCGGACUCGUGCCUCGGUUCGCUUCAGCUGCAGCACUACAGACGUGCUGUCCUGCAUCAUGCACGUCAUCAACAAAGGCUACCUUCGCCGCAACGAGGAAAGCCCACACAUCGUGGAGUUCUUAAUGGAGGACCCGUCCACACCCCGCAAAGGCCAGGCGCAGUUCUCCUUUAAGAUGGACGUGAAAAAAAGCUCCGCAAGCAGCAGCGGCGGCAGCAAAGCCGACACCAGCCUGGGAGGCCUAAUAGUUCCCCCGCAGCAUCCGGAGGACGGCGUGCUGGAGGCCGUGCUGUUCUCCAUGGGUCGCACAAUGACUCAGGAGGAGGUCAAGCAGCUGAUGCAGCGCACCGUCCAGCAGGUGGCGGGAACCCUGAGCCUGGAUCUGGACCGGGCCGAGCACCUUCUUAUUCACUGCAAAUGGAACGUGGACUUGUUGAUCCAACGGUACACAGACGACCCAGACGCCUUGGUCCUGGCUGCUGGCCUCAAGAUCCGCAACCCCCAGCCGGCCCCAGGCCCCGUGGCCCAAUGUCCCGUGUGCCUUUCCCAGUCCAAAGAGAGUGACCCCCCUCCCAUGCUCUGCUGCAUGCACUACUGCUGCAGGUCCUGCUGGCAGGAGUACCUCACUGCUCGUAUCGAACAGAAUCUGGUGAUGAACUGCGACUGUCCCAUCACAGACUGUCGGGCUCAGCCCACCUCCAAGUUCUUUCACAACAUCCUCACCGAUAAGGACACCAUUGCCAAAUAUGACAGUGCCCUUCUGCGAGGCUUCGUGGAGUGCUGCUCCAACCUGACCUGGUGUACCAACCCUCAGGGCUGUGACCAGAUCCUGUGCAAGGAGAACAUUGGAAGCAUGGGCACCUGCUCCAAGUGCUGCUGGUCUUCCUGUUUCAGCUGUAACUUCCCAGAGGCGCAUUACCCAGCCAGCUGCAGUCACAUGUCUCAGUGGAUGGAUGAUGGAGGCUAUUAUGAGGGAAUGAGUAUGGAAGCACAGAGUAAACAUCUGGCCAAACUUAUAUCCAAGCGAUGCCCCAGCUGCCAGGCCCAGAUUGAGAAGAACGAGGGUUGCCUACAUAUGACAUGUGCCAAAUGUAAUCAUGGAUUUUGCUGGAGAUGUCUGAAGCCAUGGAAGCCAACUCAUAAAGAUUAUUACAACUGCUCAGCCAUGGUCAGUAAAGCUGCAAGGCAAGAGAAGAAGUUCCAAGACUACAAUGAGAGAUGCACAUUUCAUAACCAAGCCAAGGACUUUGCAAUCAAUCUGGAGAAUAAGGUAUUUUCUAUUAAUGAAGCUUUACAGAUGAAGUCUUUGACAUUUGUGAUCGACGCCUGCAAGAUUCUUGCCCAAGCUCGAAAGGUGCUGGCAUACUCGUGUGUUUACAGCUAUUACAACCAGGACACUGAGAAGAUGGACGUGAUGGAGCAACAGACAGAAGCUCUGGACCUUCAUACUAACGCCCUGCAGAUCCUGCUUGAGGAGACGCUGCUGCAGUGCACUGAUCUUGCAUCCUGUGUCCGACUCCUAAAACCUGAACACAUAAACACUGGCCUGGAGCUCAUUCGCCGAAUUCAGGAGCGUCUUGUGGCCAUCCUCCAGCACUCCACUCAGGACUUCCGUGUAGGAUAUCAGUCCAAGACUGGACCAGACCAGGAGACCGCACAGGCCUCUAAUCUGGCUAACCACACAGACACCAACAAAGAGACCAAAUCUGAUGGAGGCUCUGACACUGGAGACUCUGACAACAACAACAAUGCCGGUGAGGACCCCGGCGAUGAAGCAGAAGAGGAUGACGAGUAUGACGAUGAAUACGUUCCAGAAUGGCAUGAGGAUUACGAUGAGGAAGACAUAGACGACGAUGACUUUUUUUCUGAUGAUGACGAAUCUGAAAACUUAGAGAGGGACUUCAGCCCUUUUGACUAAAUGACCCUGAGAGUGAUGCACAAUGCUUACACGAUGCCUACCAAUGUAAAAGUAGACACUACAAAUUCCACACCCAUAUAAGAACAAAAAAAUGUUAUGGGAAUCCAGAGUUUGGAGUAGGUAUUUUUUUUUUUUUUUUUUUUUUUCUGUAACGUGGUCUUUGCUUCGCACUUAGCACCUACUUUGAGCCCUAGCGUAAAUUCGUCGUUACACCAAAAGUGGUAUUUCACGUUUAUUUAGGUUUAUGCUACAGUUUCAUUAACUUCCGAAAUUGUAACUUCGUUCAUGGCUGAGGAGGGUACUUCAAGUUCAAUGAAGGAUCUUAAUUAUUGAUGUUAUAUUGUAGAGGUAUUAUGUUUUUGAAACUGUUUAUAGUUUUGUUAUUAACAAAUUACAAUUUUUUUGGUCAAAAAUUGAAAAAGAAGGGAUGUGUAAACAUUAAGAGAGCUGGUUUUUUUUUUUUAUAUAUCUGGUCAAAGGUGUCGGCAUUGUGUAUUUAGUUUGAAUACCAAAAGCACUUGCCUUUAUUCCAUUUUAAAUUCCUUUAAAUGCCUUCAUAUAUGACGUUAAGUUGGUUGAUCACCAUUUGAAUGAUUGUAAGCAUUUGGAAAUAUUUGCAAAGAUUUUGAAAAGAGAAAAACAUCAGCAUCCGUGUUUAAGGGCUGCAUUAAAAAUGACUAGUCCAUGAUGAGGAUGGUGCUUCAAUGACCUGCUGGUUGUGUCAGGCACCGGAAUCCUACAAACAUUUUACUUUAGCCUGUCUCCUUAAGAUGUAAUGGCAAUAAAUAUUUCAAAGUAUUGUAGCUCGUCGCAUUAUUUGCUAAGCAAAACAUACCUUAAUCGCUUUCAGUUUCUUCCUCAAAAAAAAAAAAAAGUUUUAAUUCUUUUUUUGGACAUGUUUAUGUUCACUUGUAUAGAGAUGGAGAUAUAAAAUAUCUUCCAAAGUCCAGUUUUGAAUUGAGAUACCUAUAUAUUCAUAUACUGUCCAUCUUCUCAAAUGUUUUCUCUGUUAAACUUAAAAACGAAGUUGGAACUUCAGCUCACAAAAUAAAUGCUUUUCUUCAGA